AUGGAGGGCGCCGUGCUCUGCGCCGCCAACCAUGCCCCCCUCACGCCCAUCUCCUUCCUCGAGCGGUCCGCGCUCGUGUACCCAGACCGCCCAGCCGUCGUCUCUGCCGCCGGCGACGCGCCGCCCCGGACAUGGAGGGAGACCCGGGCGCGCUGCCUUAGUCUCGCCGCCGCCCUCGCCGGCCUCGGCGUCCAGCGCCGCGACGUGGUGGCCGUGUUCGCCCAGAACAUCCCGGCGAUGUGCGAGCUGCACUUCGCGGUGCCCAUGUCCGGCGCCGUCCUCUGCGCGCUCAACUCGCGCCUGGACGCCGCCACGGCGUCCGUCCUGCUGCGGCACUCGGAGGCCAAGGUGAUCUUCGUCGACGCCGCGCUGCUGGACGUCGCGCAGGAAGCCCUCCGCCUCGUGUCCGCCACCGGCGCCACAGCCCCCGCAGCCGUCCUCAUCACGGAGCUCCUGGACGACGACGACUCGUCAUCACCGUCACAAUCUACAAUAAUCGAGCACGAGUACGAGGCGCUGGUGAGCAGGGGCGGGUCGGCGGGGUUCGCGGUGCGGUGGCCGGCGGACGAGAACGAGCCGAUCGCGCUCAACUACACGUCGGGGACGACGUCGCGGCCCAAGGGCGUGAUCUACACCCACCGCGGCGCGUACCUCAACAGCCUCGCCGUGGUUCUGCUCAACGGCAUGGCGGCCGCGCCGGUGUGCCUGUGGACGGUGCCCAUGUUCCACUGCAACGGCUGGUGCAUGGCGUGGGCCGUGGCGGCGCAGGGCGGCACCAACGUCUGCCUCCGCAGGGUCACCGGCGGCGCCGUGUUCGACGCCGUCGCCCGCCACGGCGUCACCCACAUGGGCGGCGCGCCCACCGUGCUGUCCAUGAUCGUCAACGCUGCGCCCGAGGAUCAGCGGCCGAUGCCGGCGGGGAAGAAGGUGUCCGUGAUCACCGGCGGCGCGCCCCCGCCGCCGACGGUGCUGUUCCGGAUGGAAGAGCUCGGGUUCAUGGUGAUACACUCGUACGGGUUAACAGAAACCUACGGCCCGGCGACGGUGUGCGUGUGGAAGCCCGAGUGGGACGCGCUGCCGGCGGAGGAGCGGGCGGCGAUCAAGGCGCGGCAGGGGCUCCACCACCUGGGCCUGGAGGUGGACGUGAAGGACCCGGUCACGAUGCGCAGCGUCCCGGCCGACGGGAAGACGAUGGGGGAGGUGAUGCUGCGUGGCAACACGGUGAUGAGCGGGUACUACAAGGACGCGCCCGCCACGGCGGAGGCGCUGGCCGGCGGGUGGUUCCGGUCGGGCGACCUCGCGGUGCGGAACCCCGGGGACGGGUACGUCAAGAUCCGGGACCGGUCCAAGGACAUCAUCAUCUCCGGCGGGGAGAACAUCAGCACGAUCGAGGUGGAGGCGGCGCUGUUCGCGCACCCGGCGGUGGCGGAGGCGGCCGUGGUGGGGCGGCCGGACGAGCACUGGGGCGAGACGCCGUGCGCGUUCGUGGUGGUGAGGAGGAAGGUGGAGGCGGAGGAGGUGAUGGAGUUCUGCAGAGGGAGGCUGCCGCGGUACAUGGCGCCGAGGACGGUGGUGGUCGUGGAGGAGCUGCCCAAGACGGCCACGGGGAAGGUGCAGAAGUUUGGACUCCGGGAGAAGGCCAGGGCCAUGGGCAGCCUCUCCUCCACUGCCUCCCGUCCGCAGGGAAUAGGAGGAAGAAGCACCAGCAAGCUCUGAUCGAGUACUAGCACCAGGGUCCGUCCACCAUGAUCAAGAAGUGGGAAUCACCGGCGAGCUCUGAUCGAGUUACCAAUAUCAUGUGGUUAAUUAAGCUCCAUUCAUGCUCUAUGUGUCGCCUGAGAUCACUCCAAGACAGCGGAUGAUGUCUCCAUCUUACUUUGUCAUCGUUAAAGCUUUUGGAUCAUCAUGUCAAAAAUAAAAUAAAAGCUUUUGGAUCA